AUGGAAGCAAUCGCUAUUCACCACCAGCUCGAUGCUUCAAAGCCUGUAGGACCGUCAGUCAAAAAGGCGAAAUCGGUUGAAAAGGGGAACCAAACCCCGAAGCGUCGACGCCAAAAAGCCAAGAAAGGCAAGAACAAAGGCAAAAAGGACUGGGUAAAGUUUGAUAUCCAUGAGAAACCGGAAAGGCUGCCCUCAGGUACGCAAGUCAAGUUUGCUCUUGAAGAAACGGAUGGGAAUGGUCAGGAGGACAAGCGACCAUCAGGCCAGCAAUGUGCCGCUGAAGCUCAAAAGAAGGACCCCGAAAGUGGUGCCGAAGAGUACGUUACCUUCGUCCCAGGAUGGGGAGUUCCAGCAAACUUUUCAAUCAAGAAAUCGGAUAUCUCCAAACACUGCCCAACGCUGAAAGUGGCUGUCAACAGCAGCUUUCUCAAGACCCAGAACCAAACCUACAAGUUGAAGCAUUGCGGCCCUGGCACGAUCUCCAUGUUCCGCGAAUGGAUCCACACACAGCGUCUAGACCUCGACGACAAAUUGGCCGAUAAGGUCCAACGUGUAAAGCUUAGGUACGACUUAGCAUUCUUGUGGUGUCUUGCGCAGGAGCUUGAGAUGCCUGGUUUGCGAAUUGCUGCUCUUGAUGGCAUAUGCAAGAUCAAGGAAUAUAAGAAGGGAGAUGGCCAAUUCAUACCAUGGUGUGCCUUGCAGACGAUCUGGAGCAUCACGACUUAUGAUAGUGCGCUUCGACAGCUAUACAUUGAUGAACUCAUCUGGGGAAAGUUUUAUAGUGCAUGGGAGAACCAUGCUGACCUGUUCAAUAAGGAGAUGCUGCUUCAGAUAGCAACGGCCUACAGAAAAGCGUUGAGCCCUUUUUCCGAGUCAAGGGAAAAAGGCCGCGAAGACUAUGUUGUGGAGAAGCAGGAGGGUAAGGGAAAGAUGAAGGAACAGUAG